CAGGAGAGUAGCGCGAAAACAUAUAUCCUAACCUGCUCUAAAUUGGAGCAACGACACGUGCUUCCCCGAUCAGCUUCAUUUAUUGCCUUCAUCGCAGUUGUUUAGUUGGCCAGCAGCCAAGCACUUGAUUAGAAUUAAUUACGCCUGCAGUCUAGCGUAAAAGUGUACAGUGAAUAAGAAACAUUGGAGUCGAGCAGCGCAAUUUAUCCUGAGAUAAAGAUUUUAUAAGACGUACGAGAUUUCGAUGAAUUAAACGUUGCGAACGUUAUUUGAAGAAAUUGACAUAAUGACCGACGCAAACGCUAGGGAGAUGUUACCGAGCAGCGUUGCGGAGAACGAGAAGAAUCCGUAUGCGUACCUCGAGAGGGACGAUUUCACCUCCGAGAAGUACAAGAUAGAAGUGCGCGGCUUGCCCAAGUAUUACGGAAUUGGCGAGUUCAAGAAGUUCCUGAACGAAAAGCUGGACUUGCAGUCGUGCAAGGUAAAGCCGCCCAGGAAGGGCAGCAGCUGGCUAUACGUAUGCUUCAGAAACGAGGAGUGUCGUCAGCGAGCGAUAAGCACUAUAAAUGGGAUUCUGUGGAAAAAUAGUAAACUCACCGCGCAGGCCGCCAAACCAGCUCCGGAUCCCUUUGUGAAAAGACAACUGGAGGAGGAGUCCAGCAACAAACGUCUGAAGACCGACGCCGAGGAUCCAAACUGCUCCCCUAUGGAUAGAAUUAAAUUUAUCACUACUCCUUUGUGGAACGUGCCGUAUCCCGAUCAACUAACACUCAAGCAGAAGGAGAUGAAAUCUAUCCUGAUAAAAAUUGGCCAGCAAAUGCUUGCGGAAAGUAAAGCGCUGACAGAGUGGGUGAAUUCGCAGAAACAAUUGCACGAUGGAUUACCAUGCGAACUGCAAAAUAUACUUUCGGCUGACGUCACCGAGGCGUAUAGAAAUAAAUGCGAGUUCACAGUUGGCAAAGACAGUGAACAGAGCAAAAUUAUGAUUGGCUUUAGACUGUCAACUUACGCCUCAGGUUCUACAGCGGUUGGACCCAUUGACGAUCUUUGUCACAUUCCAGAAAAUAUGAAAGUCGCCGUAAAGAUACUAGAAACAUUUAUACACGAGUCAAAUUUAGAACCUUUUAAUCCAGUAGAUCAUAGUGGAUACUGGAGACAAGUUACCGCUCGAACCACUCGUGCCAGUCAUCUGAUGUUAAUAGUAGGAAUACACCCUCAGAAUCUAAGCAGUGACGAACUAGAGGAGUUAAAGUCGCAGCUGAGAAUAUUUUUUGAAACCGGGAAAGGUGCCGAUGCUAAUGUCACUUCGUUGUACUUUCAAACAAUAGAUAAGAAAGGUAUAGGCGGUGAGAGUAGCGACACCUUAUAUCAUAUUAGUGGAACAGAAUAUAUAGAAGAGACGCUACUCGGAAUGAAGUUCCGAGUUUCACCUCAAGCAUUUUUCCAAAUCAAUACAUUAGGAGCAGAAGUCUUAUACAAGGCGGUAAUUGAUCUUGCCGAGCCCACGAUGGACACGGCGCUACUUGACGUGUGUUGCGGUACUGGCACUAUAGGUCUCUGUUUCUCGAAGCAUUGCGGUGAAGUGUUAGGAGUGGAAGUUAUUCCCGACGCUAUAAAGGAUGCAAAGGAAAACGCUAUCAAGAACGAUAUUACCAACUGCGAAUUUUUUAUCGGGAAGGCCGAGGACAUUUUGUUGCCUGUCAUUCAGAGGACAACGAAAUCCAAUAUUACUGCCAUUGUGGAUCCCCCACGAGCUGGCUUACAUCAAAGGGCUUUAUUAACACUGCGUAAAUCAAAAAAGCUGAACAGACUAGUGUACAUAUCAUGUGACCCUCGUGCUGCCAUGAGAAAUUUAAUUGACUUAGCACGACCUAGUUCCAAGCAAUAUCUAGGUGAGCCAUUGGUACCGGUAAAGGCCAUUGCGGUUGACAUGUUUCCUCAUACUAAGCACUGCGAAUUGAUAUUGUGCCUUGAAAGGCUUUCGAAGGCGAUGAAGUCAAACGAACGUACCGUCCAAGAAAAUCCGGAAUAAAGAACGGCCAACUCGUGAUUGAUAACAGAUCCCGAGUCUCGGGCUUCACCCCAUAUCUAUUAAGGUAUUAAUAAUAGAACUUUCUUACUGAGAAAAGAUUAAGAAUUAAAUCUGGCGAAAUAGACUCACGACUUUUUUUUUAAGGAAAAAUAACAGUAAAAUAAAGAAAAGAGUUAGUACAUUGAUAUCAUCUAGAUAUUUGCAGCAUCUCGACUCUUACGGGAUUUAUGUUGCUAAGAGGAUGUUUUACAUUGUUUUCGGCAUAGCAAAUAAAGGCUUUCCAUCAUCUUUCAGCUUCAUCAAUAUUACGCAAAGAAAGAGAGAAGAAAUGACGAUGCAGGAGUUUCCACUUUAGAUCUUCAGAGCUUACGCAAACGUUCGUUUAGAAUCGGUAAUAAGACGAUAUAAUGA